GCCCCAUAAACACUUUACUAGUUCUCGUGUUAACCGUUACUGUUCAGCAAAGAUCAUUGCACUCAAUAUUGCUGAAAGCAGAAGCAAGAAGAAAGUAUGGCUCCGAAGCUGGGGAAAUCGGGGUCAUUCCGGCAGAGCCUCGCGGAGAAGAAAGAGAGGCUUCUUUCCAUGAAGAGUGACGGAUAUUCCCAACUAGGGAUUCCCAUGCCCAUGGAGGAGGAGGAGGAGUACUCCGCCAAACGCUGCUGCUGCAGUUACCCGUGGUAUCGAGGGUUUUCCGAUGGGACGGUGAAGUGCUGGAAGAGUAUGAAGCGCGUGGCGGUUAAGGCUUGGGAGAUGGGUCGGUCUGACCCGAGGAACGUUAUUUUCUCGGCGAAGAUGGGACUUGCUCUUGCACUCAUCUCGCUCUUAAUUUUCUUCAAAGAACCCUUUCAGGAUAUUAGCCGCUACUCCGUCUGGGCCAUCAUGACCGUCGUCGUCGUCUUCGAAUUCAGCAUAGGGGCAACUCUCAGUAAGGGAUUUAACAGAGGAUUGGGAACGUUGUCCGCUGGAGGAAUUGCCUUGGCAAUGUCAGAAUUAUCGGCAUUGGCUGGACCAUAUGACGAACUUAUAGUUAUCAUUAGCACCUUCAUUGUAGGAUGUUGUGCCACUUAUGCAAAACUAUACCCGACUAUGAAGCCCUAUGAAUAUGGGUUCCGUGUGUUCUUGAUCACAUAUUGCUACAUUACUGUGUCGGGCUAUCAAACAGGGGAAUUUCUUGACACGGCUAUAAAUAGAUUUUUGCUCAUUGCAAUUGGUGCUGCUGUAUCUUUGGGAGUAAAUGUUUGUAUCUAUCCAAUCUGGGCUGGGGAGGAUCUGCAUCAUCUUGUGGAAAAAAAUUUCAUGGGUGUUGCAACAUCUUUGGAAGGUGUUGUCAAUAACUAUCUUAAUUGUGUUGAAUAUAAGAGGGUGCCGUCGAAAAUUCUUACUUACCAGGCUGCGGAUGAUCCACUUUACAGCGGCUAUAGAUCAGCUGUUGAGUCUACCAGUAAAGAGGAUGCAUUGCUAGGGUUUGCUGUUUGGGAACCCCCUCAUGGUCGUUACAAAAUGCUUAGCUAUCCAUGGAAGAAUUAUGUGAAAGUAAGUGGGGCGCUAAGGCAUUGUGCAUUUAUGGUCAUGGCUAUGCAUGGAUGCAUACUUUCUGAAAUUCAGGCCCCAGCUGAGAUGAGACAUGUUUUCCGUAGUGAGCUUCAAAGGGUAGGUUCUGAAGGGGCGAAAGUGCUCCGUGAACUCGGUAACAAAGUUAAGAAGCAGGAGAAACUUGGCCGUGAAGACUUGCUGUAUGAAGUACACGAGGCAGCUGAAGAAUUGCAACAGAAGAUUGACAAAAAAUCUUACCUACUAGUAAAUUCAGAGAGUUGGGAAAUCGGAAACCGACCAAGAGAGGAGGAGAGCAAGCCACAACAAGGGCCAGGCCUCUUUGACAUAGACGAGGAACGAAAAUUCCUGGAGUAUAAGUCUCUUAGUGAAGCUGUUCUUGAUCUCAGAUCAGUUCAAGUUCCAAACGGUUGGGAUGAAACUGGAAAAUCAAUCCCGGAUGAUCACACUGCCACGCCACAGCCUGCAGCUGUUGGCUCUGAAAACAUGUUCAGGAAACAGAUAUCUUGGCCUGCUCAUGUCUACUACAAAGCAGAUACAGUGGCAAAAGAGGAGGAAGAAUCAAGGACUUACGAAAGUGCUAAAGCACUAUCCCUCGCAACAUUUACAUCGCUUCUGAUUGAAUUUGUAGCAAGGCUUCAGAACCUGGUGGACUCAUUUGAAGAAUUAGGUGAGAAAGCAAACUUUGUGGAUCCUCUUGAGCAACAAGUACCAGUAACAUCUGAUGGGUUUUGGACGAGAUUGUUUAAUUGCUUCAGAUCCAAGGAAUGAUGCAUGAGAACAUGCGGAGCUGCUGCAUGUAAGUCAUCCCUGAUUUGAGUUGAAAUUGUCAUGUAAUGCUUCCAGCAUCACCCCAGUCUUCUUUUGAAAGAUUUUGAGUGAUGUCUUGAGUUCGGGAACUAGGCAUCCUUUGAAGACAAGUUGAAACUUUUAAACACAAACUGCGAGAAAUCGCUAUCAAUCUUAUAAACUAGAGUAAUAACUCACUUUUUUGUACAUAAAAUACUGUUUUGACUAUAGCCAUAUGCAGUUUAGAACGUAUAAAAUUGGUUAUUAA